UGUUGAUGGAUUGGUUGAGUUUUCACAAUGGUGGUAUCCAGGAUGUAGUUGUGAUAGGAUUGUUUCUGCCAGCUCUGGUGCAUUCUAUUGCAAGCAAUGUGUGAAACUUCCUUUCAAAAUGGUUCCAAGGUUUAGGGUAGAACUUAGAGUUGGUGAUGGAUCUGGGCAGGCUAUCUUCGUUGUUUUUGAUAAUGAUAUCACUAUGCUUUUGGGAAAACGUUGCCAUGAUCUGGUUUCCUUAGCAAAGGAUAAAGAUGCUGGUUAUUGUCCUUUUGAAUUAGAUAUGCUUAAAGGGUUAGAACUGUUGUUCAAAGUUGAGAAACGCUGUGGUGGUGGUAUUUAUUUUAAUGGGUCAUUUAGAGUUAUGAGGAUUUGCACUGAUAUUUCUAUUAUGGGAUCAUUUGAAUCGGUGAGUUACUUUUCUUAUUUUUAA